AUGACUGGUCACUUGCAAAAAUGUGGUGGGGUACAAGCAUCAAAGCAGGACGUGCAUUCCGCCGCGCUUCGACUUCUUGGGUCGAUCCUCAAGCCACAAAGGGACUUGAUCAUUAUCCCAGGCGACGCGUCAUUCACGCGAGUGACCGAGUCCUCCUCUGGACGUGUCUUCGUCCUUAAAUUUGAAUCUUCUGACCAAAAACAUUUUGUACGUAUUCAAUAUGAAGAUCUGGAUCUUGACUCUUCUCAAUCCGUGCUCGAGCAAGUGGAACAAAAUGUCAAUGGAUUGUUACAGGAUCCAGAGUUCCGGCCUUCAUGGGAUACCAGUCCUUCAACGGAUUUUUGCAGCCUUCCGGGUGCAACCGCAUCAAAUUCAGCACUCAAUGCCACUGAAUCGACCGCGUUAAAUAACCCUAGCACCUCCCGAGGCGCCCUUGAUAACAGUGCUUUAUCCCAGUCUAUUGUUGAUCAGCUGCGUGCGAUGAUGGCAAAUAGGAUGGCAGGUGUGAACCCAGCUCUACAGGAAAUGCAGCCAUCUACCGCAUUAUCCGAUAUACUAUCUCCAUCAUCCUUGUCUCCAUUAUUCGAACCAUCCAACAGUCAUGUGCUCGCUCCUUUGCAGGAAUUCCUUCCCCCAGAUUUGCCCAAGGAAACCUCGUCUACUCCACAAGAAACAUUACGGCGGGUUAUACAAUCAGGCCCAUUCCAGUCGAGUGUCCGUCAGCUGGACAGAGCUUUUGCGACCGGACUCCUCGGCCGCUUGAUGCCCGGAUUCGGUCUUCCGGAAGAGGCCGGCAUCAACCUUGAAGAGUUUCUGAAGGCAAUAUACGAAAAAGCUAAACGAGAACAUGAAGAUACAACCAAACAGGA